AUGAUGCUGGAUUUCUUGACCAGGUCGUUCAUACUCACCAUAUCGUUGCUCAUGUCUGUGGAGAGCCAUGAAUCACCACACACCACGGUAUCACAGCACGUCACAACAUCAUCCAUCAACCUGCUCAUGUUCCAUGCCUAUUUUAUCUUCUUUGCCACCAUGAGAUAUGAAAUGAUGAAGAUGACCGGCAAGGACAUAGAUCCAAACUAUGACAUCCCAAGCACUGUCCAUCAUUCAAAGAGUUACGACAAUCAGAUUGACCUUGGGGAUCUGGAAGAUAACAUAGAGAACAGGUCUACCAAAUCGGAUAAAUCGUUGACGACUCACUACUAG